AGAAUACUGUAUCUAGACUUGAAGCUAAAGAUUAAUGAGAACUACUGGAUUCUCGGGAUACUCGUCUUUCUCUCUUUAAUAAUGUAUGGUAUUGGUUAGCACCUGUGCCUGAGAACUGCCUGAGUUUACCUGUCCUUCCUUCAGUACUCUCUAAACACUCAGAGACAUGAGUCCCGCCCCCUGGACGGAUUCCCCGCCCCCUCUUCUCCUAGAGGAUGAUUAUACAGCAGCUCCCCGCCCCCAUCCUAUCUCCCAUCCUCCAGUUGAGGCUCCUAUCUGUGGAACCUGUAGAACUUUAGAUCUUGCAUUCUUUGAUCCUAGCUGCCAUGGAUGCAGUGCUAUUCUUAAAUCUAGAGAAACCAGUAUUGGUCACAUCCUGGCGAUUCUGCGUCAAUGGGUUCCGCAAACCCAGCACGCUGUUGAUGAUCUUCUUCUGGAGAUAAUGAAGCGUGGCGGGCACCCUGAUGACAGAGAUUCCUUGACGGACAUGACGCUGGUGAUGUACGCAGCCAAAGCAGGGGCAAGUGGAGUUGGGAGUGUGGAUACUGCGUCAAAAAUUGCGUCAUAUCUUGUUCAGAAAGGAGCUGAUCUAUCAGCUAAAUGUCGAUGGACGGACAUGGCUCCUAUACACUAUGCCACAUAUUUAAAUACAAUACUUGUUUUAAAACUUGCUAGGGUGCCUAAAGAUUUUAUUUCCAAUGGAAUAGAGUUCCAGGGAUCUGAUGUAGAUACUCAGUGUGUAGAGUAUGAAAACGGGACACCGCUCCACAUUGCAGCUUCUAACCUUUGUUUGGGAGCAGCUAGGGUUCUAUUAAAGUUUGGAGCAGAUACUGAAGCAACAGAUGAUCUAGGACGGAGACCAGUUGAAUGUAUUCCUGAUGCUUCAACCUUCGAUCUAGUUCCAGAUGCACAGGAUUUAAUCAACAAGAUGGUUCGUCUUCUCUCUGAAGGGUUGGAAGGGAAAAUGCGUAGCUCCGUAACCUUGACAAGAUCAGGAGUAAACUCUAUCUCCGGGAGAACCGUGAUGCAGGCGAUGGGACUCAAGCUCAACGACAGGGUGGUCGCUGGUAAUAAGAUCGGAACACUUAGGUUUUGUGGUACUACUGAGUUUAGUAUUGGUAUGUGGGCUGGAAUAGAACUGGAUAUUCCUGAAGGAAAGAAUGAUGGAACAGUCAAGGGAAUUCGAUAUUUUAGAUGUGAUGAAGCGCAUGGUAUGUUUGUCCCUGCAAAUAAGAUAUCCAAGGUUGGACGAGGAUACAGAGAAACUACGCCGGUCAAACGUACCCCCUCCAAACCUGUGGUUAAUUAUGGAAAGGUUGAUGUCUCCCACGUGCAGGGGAAGAUCCAGGCCGUGAUGGCGAGUAUCGUCGAGAAGUCGGAGAUCAGGAUCGGAGACAGGGUUCACGUCAAGGAGGUGGCGCCGGGGAUGGGUUGCAAAGGCGUGGUUCGAUUCAUCGGCUCCGUCGAUUUCGUCGACGAUAUGUCAGAAUGGUUCGGAAUAGAGUUGGAUUCAGAACUUGGUAGACAUGAUGGUACAGUGCAGGGAGUAAGAUAUUUUGCUGCUGGAAAGGACCGCGGUGUGUUCGUUACAAAGAAGAAACUGUCGAAGCUAGACGCCGAAGAUAAUUACGAGGAGAGCUGUGACGUCAGCGUCUGUGAAUCACAGGUUUCCAAUAAUAAUUCUCUGGUUCACCGGAGAAGUACAACCAGUGCUCCUCCUCCGGGACGGGUUCGGAGAUCCUUAUCUCUUCGACAUCAUGAGACGAAGAACUCCGGGAGCAACCAAUCUCCGGGAUUGAACCAGACACUUAGUAUCUCAAACUUCUCCAGAAGUAUGUCCGUCCGUCGGAGCAGUGAACCCUCAGGUCCUGAGUUCCAAACUGGACCUGGUCCUGUAUACAAUAAGUUCCAGAGGAAGGUCGACAAGCGGUUCCUCGACAUCGGGCAGGGGGUCAUGGUCAUACACAACAAGGAGAUGGCAACGGUCAAGUAUGUCGGACAUACAGAUUUUGCUCCUGGAAUCUGGCUCGGACUGGAACUAAGAAAUCCACGUGGAAAGCACAACGGAGAGGUUGAAGGACGAAGAUAUUUCCAGUGUAAGGACGGACACGGAGUAAUGGUGAAACCUAGAACUGUUUCUGUUCAUGGGAUAAAUGGUCAGGAGCUACUUCGUCCUGAAUCCUACUAUCCGAUCUAAUUCCAUUAUUGUUAUUAUUUAUACUAUAUUAAUAUAAAUUUACAUACUUUUUUCAA